AUGGAUGAUAACUUUCAGGACAGUGUUUCCGACGAUGGGGGAUUCGAUUUACGGCAAGAAAUAGCACGCAGUGCGUUCGCUGACAUGUGUCAUGAUUGGGAACGCAAUCAGAAGUAUGACCGAGCAUUGCAGCUAACAAUAAGCCGAUUGCACGCCGCUGGCAAAGAGGCACACGUGCUGGACAUUGGUACCGGCAGUGGACUGCUCUCGAUGAUGGCCGUUCGUGCUGGAGCAGAUAGUGUAGUUGCAUGUGAAGCAUUUCGUCCGAUGGCUGAAUGCGCAGAAAAGAUCGUAGAGGCGAACGGAAUGCAAGAACGUAUACGGAUAGUAAAGAAACGUUCCACCCAGCUGUCGGUUGGCCCCGGGCAGGAUAUGGAACAGCGAGCGAACGUACUGGUGACGGAACUAUUCGACACCGAGCUAAUUGGCGAGGGAGCUCUCGGUACCUAUCGACAUGCCUUACGGCAUCUCCUGACAGAUGAUGUACUGACGAUACCACACCAAGCGACUGUAUACGCACAAGUGGUAGAGUGUCCGCUUGCGCUUAGUUGGCAGCAGUUGAAGACACUAUCGAACGCCGAUGGAGAUAUUCUGCUGCGCAUUCCCUCAGAAGUGGUGGCUUGUUGCGGUUCUAGCGCAGUAUUCGAUAUCCAGUUAAGCCAACUGCCGGUGGGUAGUUUUAACGCACUUACAGAUCCAGUGCCGGUCUUCAAGUUUAACUGGAGCAAACAUGAAGAGCUGCUAAACAAUCGAAACGAGAAAAGCAUUUGCCAAGCACGUUCUUCCGGGUUUCCCCAGGCUGUCUUCAUGUGGUGGGACUUAGUGAUGGACAACGCAGGAGAUGUGCUGCUAAGUUGCGCUCCGUAUUGGGCUCAUCCGGAACACGCGACUUUGAAGCAAAAGGAAGCAGAACGUAUCACGAAACAACGCAUCCCGGAAGGAAAUUUCAUUCCUUGGCGGGACCACUGGAUGCAGGCCGUUUACUUUUUACCACCGACCAAGAUACCUCUGGAACGUGGCCACCAAUUUGUGCUGCAGGCUUAUCAUGAUGAGUAUUCGCUGUGGUUCGGUGUAGGAGAGCACACGUCAAAUGCGCUCAGUGUGCCGCAUUGCAUCUGCGGAUGGCACAUUGCACAGUCGCGAUCACGGAUCGGACAACUUAACGAUAGUCUGCGUAACAAACGCUACUUAAACUACUUCGAGCGGAUAUUUUCAAGCGAUUCCGUCGUAUUGGUGCUUAGCGAGGGUUCGCUGCUUGGCUUGGCAGCUGCCAGGAUGGGCGUGAAGCAGGUGCUUUUGUAUGAACCGAAUGCAAUAUCGCGUCGCUGCAUGGAAACGUUUGUAGAGCAUAACAGUGUUUCCAAUGUGCGGUUCUUGUCGUCAGCAGAUGCACUUGAACCAGACCAAGCUUCGUCUAUUACGCAUGUGUUCGCUGAACCACAUUUUCCUUCCGCAAUCCUGCCCUGGGACAACUUACACUAUGGAGAUUUACUGAAAAAUCUUCGUCCAAUGCUGCCCACCACAGUCACAGUCAUUCCAUCGUCCGGUACACUUUACGCGCUGCCGAUGGAGUUUCUAGAUUUGCACAAAAUAAACGCCCCGCUCGGUACCUGCGAGGGAUUUGAUCUUACGCUGAUGGAUCGUUUAAUCGAACAGCACUCGGCAUAUGCCGAUUCACCGAUCGAGGCGCAACCUUUAUGGGAAUACCCGUCCUAUUCAUUGGCCGGUGCGAUUCGACUGAUGGAAGUGGAUUUUGAAACGGAUUUUGAACAGCCUAGAAUCGAGCGAGGUGAAAUGUGUGUGGCUGAACCGGAACGAUUGAAUGGAAUAGCGAUAUGGAUCGAUUGGCAUCUGGAUGGAAGUCAUAGUCCAAAAACGACCAUAUCGAGUGGACCAUUAGUGCCAGUCGAGGAGGCUUCCGAUGAACCGACACGAUGGAACGCAAAUUGGCGACAGGGUGUCCAUCUACUGCGGAAGCUACCGAACCGGAAGAGAACAAUUCCGUGGACUGUAAAAUUUAAUCCAGUGUUGAACAAUGUAUACUUUCAAUUUGAUUAUGAGGACUAA